AUGACUUCCCUCUAUGAUAAGGUAUUAACCACCUCUUUCCUGUUUAAUCGUCUUGAUGGUCCAAUAACCAAGGUAGCCUUUCUUUGGCACUUCUGCUGUGUGCUAGCUACUCCUGCACCCAACCCUGUGGGACGCGCUUGUGCUGUGUUCGCCCGUUCUCGGGGCCGCGGGUUCGAGUCCGGGGAGCGGCUGAGAGGCCGGGGGGGACACUCAUGGGUACAAGUGAAGUGGCAGGGUGUUUUUUUUUCUUUUCUUCUUGGUCACGGCCACAACGGUUCUUCAUUGGCUUGGGCAAAGCCCAGGAGUCAAGGUGCUGAGGGCAAAUACCACGAAAGUGAUGAUGAGUCAUAUGAAGUAUUGGAUUUAACAGAAUAUGCGAGGCGUCACCAUUGGUGGAAUCGUGUGUUUGGCCGAAAUUCUGGACCAAUUGUAGAAAAGUAUUCUGUAGCUACCCAGAUUGCAAUGGGCGGAGUAACUGGCUGGUGUGCAGGAUUUUUGUUCCAGAAAGUUGGAAAACUUGCAGCAACUGCAGUAGGCGGUGGCUUUCUUCUUCUUCAAAUUGCUAGUCAUAGUGGAUAUGUACAAGUUGACUGGAAGAGAGUUGAAAAAGAUGUAAACAAAGCAAAAAAACAGCUAAAAAAGCGAGCAAAUAAGGCAGCACCUGAAAUCAAUACCCUCAUCGAAGAGUCAACAGAAUUUAUCAAACAGAACAUAGUGGUAUCGAGUGGAUUUGUUGGAGGUUUUUUGUUAGGCCUUGCAUCUUAAGGACCUGAAUUUUGUCUUCCUGAUGGCAUCAACCACAGCAAAGAACAGUUGUAGUGAUGCACUGUCUUGAAGCAAAGCAGUGUGGGUCAUUAAUCACUCCAGAGCCAGGAGAAAUGGACUAACUAGACAAAUUGGAAGCUUUUACAUUUUAGGCUUUUGCCUCCUGAAGCUUGGCAAAGCUACGACUUGCUGAAAAACUGUGCAGCUGCUCAUUAUAGCAUUUAUGGGCAAAACUGAUUAAUUUUCAUCAUGACUUUUUUAUUGCUGUCCAUUCAGAAAUUAGUAUUUUUAAAAUGUAAUUCUUGGGAUAUAGAUAUAUGUUACAGUAUUGAAGGAAGGAACGCUCUAUUUCUGUCUAAAAGUUUUUUCAGUUAAAUGUUGCUUUAUCUUUAUUUAAAAGAGAUAUUGUCCUCCAUGCUGUAGUGUAUAGUGCCGAUGACUAAAUAAUGUGUAUGAUAUUGUAGUUUCAGCCUCAAGGCUGACUAUGUUCCUUAGAAAUCACUGCAAUAAUCUGUAAAUCUGUAAUAUCUUUUUACAGAAGUAUUGAUAACAGAUUCAUGAGCAUAUUAAAGAUGAAAAUCAAACUUUGA